AUGGCAGUCCAAGCAUCGGUCAUAAUCCUGCCCACCAUCGGCGAAGAACUAAACAUACCAGUCAGUCGCCAACAAUGGAUCAUUUCCGCUUACAACCUCACUUUCGGCUGCUUCCUCCUUCUAUGGGGCCGUCUAGCAGACGUGUACGGACGACGAAUGAUCUUCCUUUGGGGCUCUGCCGCCUUCACACUCACAUCCAUCAUCACACCAUUCAUCCCCAACGAAAUCGGCUUUGACAUCUUCCGCGGACUCCAGGGUCUCGCUGCCGCCGCCAUGGCACCGACUGCGCUCGGCAUACUGGCUUCUACGUUCGCGCCUGGGAAGACAAAGGACGUGGCUUUUGGCUGUUUCGGCGCCGGAGCACCGCUCGGCGGCGUCUUUGGCAACAUCUUUGGUGGUAUUGUUGGCGAGUAUCUCGACUGGCAAUGGGUUUUCUGGCUCUUUGGUAUCAUAGCUGGUAUCUCCACCGUUGCAAGUUACUUUGUCAUUCCUAUUCCGCCACAGCUCAAAGAAGAGCAGCAGCCCGUCAUGCGCAACACGGUCGACUGGCUCGGCGGCUCACUCAUCACAAUCGGGCUCGUCAUGCUCGUUUUUGCCCUCUCCGAAGGCAACGUCGUGGGCUGGCGCACUCCAUGGGUCCCUGUCCUCAUCGUCGUCGCCCUCAUUAUCAUCGUCGCAUUCGGCUUCUGGCAGCACUACCUCGAAACCAAGACGGCGAAGCGCCCGUUGAUGAAGAUGAGCAUAUUCAAAAAUGGCAAGUUUACGGCUGCGAAUGUGCUCAUGGCGCUCUUCUUUUCUAGCUUCAAUAAUUACCUCAUCUUCGCUACGUAUUGGUUCCAGGACUACCAGGGUCAUAGCGUCAUUCAGACGACGCUGAGGUUCUUGCCGAAUGGCAUCACGGGGAUAUUGGUGGCGACGAUUACGGGACAGAUCUUGUCGAGAGUGCCUGGAGAUUAUAUCCUUACUUUUAGCACCAUCUGUGUCAGCAUCUCCUCGCUGCUCUUUGCGAUUCCGAUUCCAGUCGAUACCACGUACUGGGCGUAUGGGUUUCCGGCCAUGGUGCUGUGCGUCUCGGGCGCGGACACGAUUUUUCCGGUGCUUACUUUAUUUGUGGCCAAGACGCUACCGGCUGAAGAUGCGUCGUUGGGUGGUGCGCUUAUUACUGCUGUUGGUCAAAUUGGUCGCGCUAUUGGUCUUGCGAUUGCGACGGCGGUGCAGACGGCUGUUGUGGCUAGAGAGAAGGGUCUGAGCGUGGAUCAGAUUGGUACUGAGGGACACAAGACGGAGCCUUGGGAUGAUGCGCUUAAAGUUGGGAUUAGGACGACGGCUUGGUUCAACUUUGGCAUGAGCGUUGCCACUACCUUUAUUGUCAUCUUCUUCAUUAGAGGGAUUGGGAUCAUUGGAGGAAAAGGAAAGCGAUAG